CAAAUUGAGGACGCAUGGAUAUGUUGAAACAGCACUCUACAAUUAUCAAAAAAAAAAAUUGAUUGAGGUUAUGUGGUCUGUUUUCUUGGUAGGAGUUUGCUUGGGGAAAUGAAAGCCAUUGUUGACUAGGCAUGAGCAUUGGUGGAUCUUGUGUAUCCUUACGCACUGGAACAGGCGCUAAGAACUGCUCAAUGAUUGGCUGCACGGUUAAUACUUAUGCUGCUGUGGUUGGCUGCAGUCUCUAAAAAGGUUCAAGCAAUUUUUUUACAGCUUAGUGUCUGUGGCUCCGUAAUUAAUUGUAGCUAGCUGUCUCAUAUCGACGUGUUUUUAAGGAACAUGAAAUAGUUCUUGUGUUUUUUAAUUAGAGGAGUUGCCAGAGCAAGAGAUUUGAAGUCCAACUGCUGCUGCUGCUGCUGCUGGUUGUUGCUACUCUAUCUUACUUGUGAUGUUGGAUAUGGGAGAAAGGAAAGAAGUCAAAAUGAUUCCUAAAUCAUCGUUCAGUAUAAACAGUCUGGUUCCCGAAGCCGUCCAAAGCGACAACCAGCACCACCACCACCACCAACACCACAGAACGGUUCAUGAGGAAGAAGAGAAAACUCCGUUACCUGCCCAAGUACAGGAGCAAAAGUCGGAGAACACUUGCGCUAAAAGUGACAAUUCAUCCCACGACUCCUCGUGCACGGACGAGAAGGAGAAGCAGGAAGAAAAAAGGGACUCGAAAGACGGUGAAGGAGGCAAAGAAGGCGACAAGAAAAACGGCAAGUACGAGAAACCACCUUUUAGCUACAACGCUUUGAUUAUGAUGGCCAUUCGGCAGAGUCCGGAGAAGCGAUUAACCCUUAACGGCAUUUACGAGUUCAUUAUGAAAAAUUUCCCGUAUUACCGGGAGAACAAGCAGGGAUGGCAGAAUUCCAUUAGACACAACUUGAGUUUGAACAAAUGUUUUGUCAAAGUGCCCCGGCAUUACGAUGACCCCGGGAAGGGGAACUACUGGAUGCUUGACCCCUCCAGUGACGACGUGUUCAUUGGCGGCACGACGGGCAAACUUCGGCGGAGAUCGACCACUUCUAGGGCAAAGCUGGCGUUUAAAAGGGGCGCGAGGCUUACUUCCACCGGACUGACAUUUAUGGAUAGAGCUGGCUCUUUAUAUUGGCCCAUGUCGCCGUUCCUCUCACUCCACCAUCCGAGGGCGAGCAGCGCGUUGAGUUACAACGGUACGUCGUCGGCUUACCCUAGUCACCCAAUGUCCUAUAGCACAAUGUUGACUCAAAACAGUUUGGGGAACAAUCACUCUUUCCCGGCCUCCAAUGGCUUGAGUGUUGACAGACUCGUGAAUGGAGAGAUUCCGUACGCCACACACCACCUCACAGCGGCCGCUUUGGCCGCCUCAGUGCCAUGUGGGCUCUCCGUACCCUGCUCCGGGACGUACUCUUUGAAUCCGUGUUCAGUCAACCUGCUCGCGGGCCAAACCAGUUAUUUCUUCCCCCACGUCCCUCACCCAUCCAUGACCUCCCAGAGCAGCACGGUCAUGAGCUCCCGAGCCACCUCUUCCUCCUCCCCGCAAACGGCCUCCUCUCUCCCGUGUGACUCCUUGAGGCCUUCCCUACCCAGUUUUUCCUCCGGACUUUCCAGCGGACUUUCUGACUACUUCACACAUCAGAAUCAAGGGUCAACAUCAAAUCCACUUAUACACUAACUAGCAUCCACAGGAUCAGACUAUGUCUGGCAGUGUGUGCUGCAGUAGCCUGAAUCCACCCUGUGAUGCGUUACUCACCCAUGCUGAGAAUGUUUACAGUUGUAAUCAAGGUCCAUGUAACUUGUUUGUGAAAUGUUUUGCCUUUAUGUUUUAGAGGUGCUAUACAAUUUGCAAAUAGUAGGGCAUGAAGUCACAGUUUGAUUAAAUUGCUGUCAGUACAAAAAGGAAAGAAAAAGAAAACAGAAGCAUUGUACAAAACCAAGACUAUUAUUUUGCAUCCCCUUUCUAGAAGGAGUUUAAUUUUUCUCUCUUUAGACAAUCUUUAUUAAUUUAAAUAAUAGAAAAGAAAACCUUGGCAUUGUGCAACAAUUUGCUUUGCAUAUGAAGAUCUGUAUAUUUUCUAUAUUUUACAAGCAAUGUUUUGUGACAUUUUGUUUGUUGUCAUGACAGUAUUCCCCUGUUGCUAAUGUUUUUGCUGUAAAGAAGGAAACAUGCUGAUCUACUGUGACCCAGUAAAUUGUUACUUUGGGAGAUAAAAACAUAUCUGUUGUCGUUAAUUCCUUUGGGGAGAGAAGCCUUUGCAUGACCGCUGAAGCUUCUAGAUUUCUGUAUAACCUGAAAUGUUUCCCAACAUUUGGCCAGUUUGCUGACAGAAAUGAGUCUGAUGCAUAAAUAAUAUCAUAUUUGUGUGUGACAGCUUGUAAACUUAAGGAAACCUUGAACAAAGGUCUCCUUAGACACACACACACACACAUACGGGUGGAUGCAAUAGACCAGUGUCACAGCAGCUAUUUUAAUGAGAGCUCUCAUGCAUUUAUUCAAAAAAUAAACAUGUAUCAGGCCAUGGCACAUUUCCCUCAUGUGAUGUGAGAGGUUUAAGCUUGCACACUUUCAACACCCAAAGGCUUCACUCACUAUAGACAUUACAGGUCUCCAGAGAUAUCAUCUUGAGGGUGUCUUUUAUUGUCUACAGUUUUGAAAGUAAACAACACAUGUCUCAUUCAAAGAGAACUAAUACAUCAUAAUGAGGGCUUUUCGUUGCUUUCCUAGGUGAGAAAACAUCAUAAUGGAAAUGUGUGAUAAAACAUGCAUAUAU